CACGCUGUGAUCUCUGUCGCAUUGUGAAUUGUUUGCGAUCUGAAAAUAUAAUAACACCUAAAAAGCAUGAUUUAUCGGACAAAUUAGUGAUUCGAUAUAAAUGAACUAUUUCGUUUCCAACUCUUGUUGGGCAGUCGUCACAUAAGAGAACAAUUCAGUUCUUGUAAAACUGACAAAUUAUGAAAUGUACAAAUUAAACCUGAAGUACUGCGACCCGUUUCCAUAGGUGUGAAACUUCAACAUUGCAAUUCAUCUACGUUAUAAAAUGGAUCGUGACGAGGAUUACCAAAAUUUUGUUGUGGUAUAUAAAGGACUUUCGUACGUGGGAAAAUUGUUAGAACCAUACACAGAAAAUGGCGUUAAGAGAACUCAUCAGAAUAUCUACAAAGUGCUGGGAGGAUACCCGCCAUGUCAAUCACAAUGCAGCUUACAGUUCGGGAAAAAUGUUAAUUCUUGGUGUAACACGUGUAAGGAAUGGAAGAAGUACCUGGCGAGAACAACUCGAAUACCUUUUGAAUCUUGGGACGAAAUAGAGUCCUGGAAAUGGCCAAUGGAUUUUAGAAGCAUAGCUGCAAUAUAUUUGCCGAAAGGCUCGGCAAAUCAGCCAGUUGAUUUAGCCGAUCUUUCAUUUGCAUGCAACAUCUGGUGUAAUUGCAAAAACGCGUUUAGUGUUCGUAGGUUUGUAAUUCAGCAUUUAAGAGAUACCAGAAAUCGGUACUUCGCUCAUAAUCUCAGUAGGCUUCAGGUAACACCUAAUGAAAAAGCAAGAGCUUUCGAUGCCUUCAGUGACGCAAUUAAAGAUCCAGAUAUUGUAGGGUUUGUAGACAAGCAAGCAUCACUACAAGAGUUAGAAAAGAUCAAAGAUGGAGAUAAACUAAUUGUAUGGAUGAAAGAACUUGCUGAUAAAAUAAAUCAAAUCAGUAUGACCUUAGCAGAAACCGGCACUCAGCAAAGUCGGGCGUUAUGUGAUAUACAACAAACCCAACUUAGGACAGGAGAAGUAGUUGUACAAGCGCUUGAGGAGAUUAAAAAAGAAACUGUAAACAUGGGAAAAGUAAAACGAUCGUCUGUUUUUCUGAAUAUUCAUAGGAAGAUUGGUUCAGCUUCAGUAAUCACAAUGAUUAUAUUCUUAACUUUAGCUGUAAUAUGGACAACCAAGAACAAUACUCAUGAAAGAAAGGGGAAAGCUUGCCUUUCAGAAAUUUAUAAGUACCCAUUUAAACAGGACCUGCCAUUGAUGGGUUAUCUAAACGAACACAAAGAACUGAAAGGUAGGAAAUGGUUACUAGACAGUCUUGUUGGUUUACUUUUGGAAUCGGAGUCAAAUUAUAAUGGUGUUACGUUAGUUGCUGAAAUGGGAUACGGUAAAUCUGCAAUCGUGUCUCAUCUACUUUGUGCAAAUAUUGAAGAUAAAAGAAAUACCUUGGGAGAGCAUAUAUAUGGAUUUCAUUUGUGCCGAUUUAAUGUGAAAAGUACUAAGUAUCCUGAAAGAUUUGUAAAAAGAUUAGUAGGAUUUUUGGCAACAAAGAAUGCAGAGUAUGGCUAUAUCAUAUCGCUCUUGCAAGGCUCUUCGAUCUUGUUUAAUUCCGAUGCUUGUGCCAAUGAAAUAGACGCAUGUUUCGACCAAGGCAUAACCUUGCCACCUAAAAAAAUGUUAACCCCAGGGGACAUUCCUUGGAUAAUAGUAGUAGAUGCUAUAGAUGAAUGUUUUGAUGAAUCACUACACAAAAACCCAAUUUUAGAUAUGCUGUCCAAUCGUAUCAAACUUUUGCCAAAUUGGAUAAAGUUUCUGAUAACAUCAAGGAACAUUACAGAAUUGAAUAAAUUGAAAAAGAUGAAACAAGUCCAUGUAUUCAGAAACGAUUCAAAUAACAUGAACGAUAUCAAUAAAUAUAUAAAAACAUACUUUGGAAAAAAGAAAUGGGCUGUUGAUGAAGAAACGUUCGAAAAUUUAACACAACAAAGUGAAGGCAACUUUUUAUAUAUCAUACAUUUAUUACCGUUUCUAUCGAAUACAAGGCAUACUGGCAUUUUACCACGAAGUCUAGCUGAUAUCUAUGAAAUAAAUUUUGACAGACAAUAUACCGGUAAUGUAUCUUUUCACGUGUCGAAAGCUAUUCUCGAAGUGGUAUGUGCAGCGCUGAACCCAUUAAGCAAAAGCACUAUUUUAAAUAUACUUAUUUCUAACAAUAUCAGCGACGAGCAUAAUUUUGAAGAGCACUUUGGAAGACUGAAUUAUUUUCUCAGGUUAGAUAAGAAAGUGACGUUAAUCCAUCUAGCGAUGUACAAAUGGUUGUUGAGCGGACAGAAUAAUUUUUAUCGUAUCUUUCCAGAAUCGGGACAUGCACUCAUUGCAAAACACUUAUUCAAAAAUCAUCAAGUGAAAUACAUGAGAGGGAUAUUGUCAACCUUGCAAUACAUGUGAGCAACAAAUGAUGCUUCACUGACAGACAUGUUCAUGUCUUUACGCUUUACAGAGGCCGAUCAAAAUAAGACAGCCUUUUCAUUACAUAACCUCGUUUGGAAAAGUUCAUCAGUCAAAGCUCUGGAUCUCAUGCUCCAUUUGCAACCUGAUGUUGAUAAACUGAAUUCCGGCGGUGUCACUACAGGAUUUGUAGCGGCUGCGAAAGGACACAUUGAACAAUUAAAACUAUUACACAAUAAAGGUGCAGACUUAAGUUUCACCGUAGAAUCAAAUUUUGCUAUAACACCUGUGCAUGUUCUUGAGAAAAUAUACAUUAUAAAAGAAACUUGCUACUACGGGUAUAAUUUGAUACACAUAGCUGCUCAGCAUGGACAUCAGCCUGUAGUAAAAUAUAUAAGUGACGUUAACAAGACAUUGAUAAACUUUCAAAACUCUGUUGGAAUGCGUCCGAGUGAUAUUGCAUGUGAAAAUGGUGAUAUGGAUUCUUUGAAAACACUAGCUGCCUACAAUAAAUCAUUUUUGGACGAAGUAUGUAUGCAUUACGCAGUUAAAACGAACCAGCUUGAUAUUGUGACAUUAUUAAGAGAAAGUGGCCUCGAAUUGUUAUGCAUAAACAAUCACCAGUCUGAAAGAGCUUUUGAUGAGAUUACUAGAGUCGCUCCAGUAAUAAAGGAAAAUAGCAAUUUAUUACUGCCAAAGUUUCCAAUAGAAGACGACAUAAUGUAUUUCCACCCAAUCAAACCCCUCGAUAUCUGGUGGAAAGUAUUGAAGGAAAAUCCUCUCCAUGUUGCAAUUAAAACUGGAUCAGAUUCAGCAGCGCUUUAUUUAAUUGAGAAAUUUCCUAGACUUCUGAGAUGCAGACAUACCCUUAGAUAUACCGCGUCUCUUUUAGCUAUUGUAUACAAUCGAACGUCUUUGUUGCCAGGAAUUGAAAAACGAAUGGUCGUAGAUACAUGCAAAAUAUCAAAUAAUUUAGAGAAAUGUAUAGUGCCGGGGUUAGAGAUAAAAGAAAUAACAGACAUUGCCAUUUGUGCAAACGGUUCAACCGUGGCACAUUUGUUAGCUAUCUAUCCCCGGGAAUUAUUUCUUUUAUCCGCGAUUAGACAACAAGUGGUUGACUGGAAUUCUCAAGAUAGUAGCGGUAAUACCCCUUUCCACUACGCGACUGCCAAUUCGAACACGGAUUUCAUUAAAUUUAUGUUAAAACAUAGAGCAGAUAUUGCUAGUGUACAGUCCAGAAAUGGAUCUACAGCCUUUCAUAUAGCUGCUAUUACGAAAUCAAUAUCAAGUUUCUAUGUUUUAACUGAAAAUCUACAGAAACAUCCUUCUUAUAUAAACGACAAUAACAAUAGAAGUGUUUUACAUUACGUAGUUCUUGGGAAACCAGCCAACACAUACAUAGCGUAUAAUUUAUUUGUUAUUCUUAUUAAAAGUUUCAAAUACGAUCUGCACCAAAGGGAUGAUUAUGGUCGAAACGUUCUUCAUUAUGCAUUGCAAUUUGGUCAUUGGGAUAUCGUAGCUUAUAUUCAAAAGUACCACGCGCAGUCUUUGAAAAUAUUGCUUGAGCACAAGGACAAGGAAGGUUUAUCACCGGUACCGUUCACGCUUGAGACAGGAGAAUAUAUUGCUGUUGUGUCAGAACUGCCUACAUGUAAAUUUUAUCAUAUUUUUAAUCGAAACUGUUCAUGGAAUACCUUCGCAUUUUCUGAUUGGGAACAUGCAUUAAUCGUUCUUAUGGAAAAAAUGUCGGUCACCCAAUUCGAUUCUUACAUAGAACCAUUUAUUCAAAAUAUAAUGGUUAAAAGCACACAUCUCACAACGGCGGUUUUAGUGUACUACAGGAACAUUUCUGACAGUUGUCCUCGAGAUAAUCUUUUAAAAAGUUACAGAAAACAUCCGCCACCAUCGCCGUUCACAUUGCUUUCAAUUGCUGUGCAUAGGCCGAAUCUAUUACAUCAAUGCAACAAGUCAUUAUCAAAAUCUCCAUUGCAUCUUGCAUUGUUUAAUGAUUACAGAUUGCAAUAUUUGCUUCUAAAAAAGGAUUUUGAAUCAUUAUUUGUAACACAUAUUUUUGGGAAUCCAAUAGAUAUCGGAUUUUUAAGUUGUUUCGACCAAAAUGGGUACAACAUAUUUCAUUAUGCUGUGAUGAAUGGAAAUAUACCUUUUGCAGAGUACCUAAUGAGUAAAGGUGUACAAAUAACUAACACAAAGGUUGAAAUAGUAGAUCUGUUUUAUAUGACACUUUUAGCUGGAAAAAAAUUAGAUCAUAAUAUUACAGGUGAAGAACAUUUUGCAUAUCUAAAACGACAGAUUCUAUUGUCUGACCACUUUUUAGCAGAUGUACUUAAACUCAAACAAUUUAAAUAUAACAUGACGCCUAAAACUGUAUGUGCAAACGAAGAUUCAUCGUUAUCAUUGAUUCAUAUUCUGGUUAUAUGCGGGUUUCAAAAUACUCUUAAUGAAGUUAAAAAUAUCUUUGGAGAAAACAUUUUAAAGUGUAAAAAUGCGGAUGGUUUUACACCAAUAUAUUUCGCAAAGCUAUUUGAGAAUACUAACAUGUUGCCGUCAAACAUUAGCACUUACGUGGGUUAUAGAAGCAUUAGUAGAACUGCAGAGAAAAUACUGAUUCUCGGUAUAUUUACUGGAUUUCCUCAAACAACUUUCUAUGAAACAAAAUGUGGGAUUGAUUAUAUGUUACCUUGGUUGAAACAAACAAAAGAAAUUGAAAGUGUUAAACACUUUACACUAUCAUAUCGUUAUCAGAAUCUUACAGAUUCAUUUAUGUAUCCACAUAUUGACUCAAUGAUUGAGUCUCAUCGUGUUCUUCUUCAUGGACUAGAAGUAUCAGCUCGUAUUUUGAGAAGAACUAUGUUGCCUGAUCUGUGUGUAGAACUUAUAAAUAUCGUUCAGUCGAUUUAUUCGGAAAGAAACAAACUCCGUAGAAUAUGUUAUCAGUUUAACGAUACACUUCUCAACAAUAAAGCAUUAUAUUUAUUUAAUAUCAUGUUUGAUAAUUUAAGAACUGGAUCGCCAUCUUGUGAAAGAGACUGUUCAUGUUCUGAUUUGAACGUUAUAUACAUGAAACUCCUACGGCUUUUUAAACUACUACAGCGUAUCGUACAUAUUAUAUUGAAGGGCUUAAGACAAGCUGCAGUUAAUGAUUUCGAAUAUUAUAUAAAUGGAAUAGGAUUAUCCAUUAUUAGCUCAGAAUUUCCCUUUCUAAUAUCCAGGGCCAAAACACUCGGAUUUAGUUUGUAUGAGUAUCACAAACAAAAUAGUGAUAUUAUUUUCUUAAAUUUUGAACCAGUGUCAAAAAUUAACAUUGUGGACAUUAGACGACUGAACUAUUUGCGGAUGAUUCGGUCGACACCUGUACAUAGAUACAUGCUAUCACAUAUCCAUAACGUUAAACAUGGAGAAAGAGGAGGUAUAUAUCUGAAUGAAACUGAAAUUCAGAAACCUUUCAAGGACAUGAAUUAAAGUUUCUGGCGUUUUUCAACAGUGUAAUGAAAAGUGAAAAGUAUCUUGGACUGAUCCAACCUUUUGUCAAAAAAUAAGACCAAAGACAGGAAAGACGAAAUUAUGUAGUCAAAAAAGAAGAAGAUUGACGAAUAACAAAACCAAUUUCAAACGAUAUAUAUAUAUAGUCUUAUUACCAUCAGUCUUUGACUGACAUUGAAGUCUUUGUCAUUUCUCUGCAAGCGUAUGUAAUGAUAAAUUCACUGAUUGUUUAAAGGUCGUCUAUUCUUAAACAUCAAUGCAGAAUGAAAACCUCAGAUUGAGUGCAGUUUUAAAGUCAAAAAGUGGUAACCCAAAACAACAAAACAUUGAAUGUGCAAAGUAUAAACUGAUGACAUUGAUCUCUGGGGUUGAUUAACCUUUACUCUGCCAAAUUUCUAAAAUGGACUGGUCCAUCAUUCAAUUUGGGCAGUACAGGGUUUUUUCGCUGUAAACGUACUGACUGAAUACCGAACAGUACAGACCAGGCUGAUCUUGGUCUGCUCUGGUCGCAGUGGCAGACUCGCUAAAGGCUACAGGUUAAAAAAAUAGUUUCAAAAUUAAUUACACUUUGUUGACUUUCCUAUUCCCUUAGUACCAGAAAUCCA